AUGCAGAACAAUUUAAGAAGUCCUAUCUGCAUCAAAAUGAAGGAACUAUUAGAUGACGACUCCAGCAAUGAAGAAGUGGUUCCGAUUCCUGUUCAGAUAUUCCUUUGGAGACAGACAACACCCUUCGUUCGACCGAGACUUGGAAAGGUUCAUGAUGCGUCAUGCAUGUUUUGCCAACGAGCACCGGGCCAUCACGAACUGAAAGAAGCUUGUAAGUCUUUCGAAAAAGUAUUGGUGCAAAACUUACGCUUCGGGUUAUCAGUCAGCCUUACUGAUGCUAUAGAAUCAAUACCGAGAUGGCGUCUGAUACAAGCUGCCUUGCCUCAUGUGAUGCAUGCGCUGGCUGCAUUACUACACAACAGGAUAAAAGACAAUAUGCAAUCUUUAGGAAAUGUAGAGACGAAGCUUCUCUACACAUUGCAUUGGAUCCUCCUUGAUGCCUCUGAUGAAUGCGCUGAUAAUGAUUAUGAAAAUGAUAAAUUUUAUUCCAACCCUUUCUAUUAUUUAUUCUCUAUACCUGCAAUAACUCUAUUUGUCUUCCUGUUUGCUCCAAUAUCCCAACACUUGAAGGAAUCUGACUUCACAAACAAUUACAGAUUAGAAAAUGGCUUAAAAAUGUGGCAGGCUCUGUGGGAAUUCAGACAUCCUGAUGCUGCAUGCUUUACCACUUUAGUCAAACCAAAACCUAGGUCUUAUGGUGGGAAAUUUUCUAAAAGGACUCAACCUGAAGAUGUGUUUUUGGGCCGUAAAUUUUCUAAAGAAGAAGGAGGUAAUAGUGGAAGUCCUCCGAGCCAAAAUAUAUCAGUAUCACAAUCAGAUGUACCAUCCAAACAAGCAAGUACUGAGGAGGAACCUUGGGUCUCCUCUCCCAAAGAUACAAUAUUCCCAGAAACCAUUCCUGAAGAGAGUUCUAGCACUGAAGAGGAACAUGUUUUCAUUUACCGUUUACCAUCAGAACAAAACUACAGUGGUCCAUAUAAAGAAGUGUACACAGUUUACGCGGCCGAUCCCAGUUUGUUUCAAGUUCGUAAGCCAGACAACAUGAAGCCUACACUGCCGGGAAUAAAACCAUUGCCACAGAUAACUAAAAUGAGCUCGUCGGAUAAAGAGUCGCUAUCCGAUAGUGGCGGGGGUUGCCCUCCCAUGAAGGGAACACCUACAUCUGCGGAGAAAGCACCUUCAGUCAAACAAGGAAAUGUAUCAGCAGCUACAUUUUUAGAUGUUGCAACACUGCGAUGUCUUUUUACAACGCAAUGGCAAGAAGAAGGGGUUUAUUGGGCACUUUAUUACCUGUACAAUAGGUUGCGUGACAUUUGUGAUGAUAUGUCCAAACAAAUUCCACCAAGGAAAAGAAGCAACUCUCUGCCCAUUCCAAAAAUAGAAGUGUCCGUUUACCAAAGUCCGGAAAUUAAAGAGCAUGAUUCUUUAAAAAAUUUCAUGGAAGUCCCGGAAUCCAAAGAAAUCUCACCAAUUACGGAGAUACCAUUUGCAUCUGUGCCUAAAGUCGAUGAAGAAAAUGUAAUGAAUAGAAGAGCUAGCGAGAAAGUUAAACGAAAAAUGAAAAUGGCCGAUUUGAAAGCGUUCGUUGAAACAAAACUGCUUUCCAAAUCUGAGAAAGCCCUGGAAAAGAUUGGCCAAGAAGAACAUAAAUUUAGUUUUCAUACAGCAGUAAGAAUGAUAUCUGAAUAUCACAGGAGUUUGGACACUGCAGAUGACAGGCCCAAUUCAGCUUUGGCCACCAAUUUUCAAGCUAUAACUCCGCGCCUCACUGGAGACUUGCUUCCCUGCAAUCUCAUCAAAGGCAAAAGUAUGCCUAGUCUUAGCUGUCUGAUCGAUGAGCUAGCGUCUAAUGGAUAUAUCGGCGAAGCGAGGACCGAACGCGCGCACGGUCAAACUACUGCAACACACAGCAACAUUCUCAAGAAGAAAAACCCGAUCAUUACUGUGACGGAACACACGCCGACGCCAUCUCCUGACUAUCUUUCUAAAACUAGACAGGGUUCAAUGGAAUCUCAACUAGACUCUAUAAGUAUGCAAGGGUCUCAACACAUGCCCACUCCGGAGCGCAAGCCGAGUCUCACCCGGUCACAAACUGACUCUAAUAUUACGUAUAUAGUAGAGGAGAUUCAAGAGGCGGCUGGCUCUAAAUAUUAUAUAACUAAAGACGGUGACAUCGAUUUACAAAUAAUUCUGAAGGCAGUUUACUCUGUUUCAACUAUGGACAGUUACUAUAUCACGGUUAGAGUUAUGGAGGUAAUGUUAAACUUGGUCGAUACCCUGAUGGAGAUCGGAGUUCAUAAGAAUUGGCAAAGUGAUAGUACUAAAGAGGUACAACCAGAGACAAUCGAUCCAUUAGCGGAGUUCGUUAAAGAUAAAGACAGCAAGGAACGGGAUUCUGGUAUACCGUGCGCCCCCAGUCAAGAGUCCACUAAUGUUGAAGGAGGGGAAAGUAAAGAAAAGAUUAAAGAGGAGGAAAAUUUUGAUUGCCCCUACUAUAUGAUUAUGCAUAUUAUACUUAGGUUACUGAGACAAUUGGGAUGUUCACACGGAUGCACGUCAGCGUUACGAGGUCCUCAGGCAGAAUGUCUCAGAGUACAAGCUCGCAAUUCGUUGCGACAUCUCAGAUCUGCAAAUGUAUCAAAGUUUAACUUGCGAAUUCGAGAGAUGACGAAAUUUGCACCGAUAAGAGAGGUAUUGGAUAACCUACAUGCGACUAUUGGAUUCUGUGCGGAGCCGUCUAAUAUGGUAUCACCAAUGAAUCAACAAAAACGUAAUUAUGCAAAGUCUCCUGAUAUAAGCCACUUGCAAGCCGGAUACGCUACGAACUUUGGCACGGGACAGAAUGCUAACACGCACAGAGCCAUAGAGAACUUUGUUAUAGAGGCAACGUUCAGAGUGCUCGUCACAAGGUUUGCAUUGAUGCAUAAGGAAUUGAAGAUGCUCGAUAAUUCCGCUCUUUAUAUGGAAGUGCGCCUUCUUCUAAGUUACGUGAAAGAAGCUCACGGCAGUGAGUUCCGACUGGUCGCUCUCAGCGCGUUACUUGACACCGCCGAGAGACCUGACAGCCAGCAGAGAGACAAUAACAUGCAGACUACAAGGGUUAUAAGGCAUAUUCCAAGAAUGCAAGAUGACGAGCGCGGGUCGGACACUGGGGCGGACUCGGGCUGCGCGGCUGAUGACCGCAGUCACAAGAAGUUUACCUUCAAAAAACGAAGCACAUCUUCUACUGGCGCACAUAGUCUACUAGAAACAGAAGCAGGUGAGGAGUCGGCGAGCCAGUCGCCGCUGUCGGUGCGCACGCGGCGCUACCAGCUGACGCCGCGCCAAUCAGAGCGCACCAUCCCCUCCGCCGCCUCCGCCUCCGCCGCCUCCGCUGACAUCACCCCCCACCACAUGACACACAAGUCUCUGCACUCCAGGUUUCAUAUCGGCGGGAUAGUGAAAUGGUUCAAGACACGUCCGCAGCCGGCUCCUCUGGCGCGCAAUGGCGGCGGCUCGGGCGAGUCGCUGCCGCAGUUCGGCAGCAUGGUGUCGCUAGCACGGCCACAUCUCACCGCACGACCUGUGCACGUCAAGCGACGUGUCGGAUACACUCUCAACAGGGCUCGGAAACGUGUCGAAGACAGACUUAAUAGAUUUGGCCUUCGUAAGAUGGGGAAGAAAAGAGAUGGGAGCAUUGAAGAAUCGUCUGGGGGAUAUAUGUCUCGCCGCGGUUCUCUGGAGGGUGGGUCCGGGGGCGGUGAGUCCGAGGUGGUGGUGCUGAAGCGUCGGCGACUGGUGUGCGCGGCGCCGCUGUACGCCGGUCUCGCACGACUCAAUUUCCUACUGGAUGCAACGCAACCCGGCGCCACGCCUGAUGCACUGUUCAUCGCUGCUCUACUAGACCUGCCAUUCACAGUGGUGGUGGCUCGCGCUUCAGUUCUAUUGGAGUGCGCGCAUUUAGUGCAUAAUUGUAACAAGGGCCAAUGGCCACAUUGGCUCAAGUCGAAUAUGGUUAAAAAUUCACUGUCAGCCAGUCCCCAGCUUAGAAGAAGACUUGCCGGGAAGUUAUUUUAUCAAUGGGCUGAAGCGAUUGGGAAUAGAUUAGAAGAGAUGUUAAAUGAGGACAAAAAGCAUCUGGAUACUGUAGUCUCCUUGGUGACGGAUCCAGAUGGACAAAGAGAACUUUUGCAACAAGACGAGGAAGAAGAUUUUCUUGAUGAAGCAAGUAUACGCCUUCCUGGAAAGACGAUCGGAGCAGAAUGUCCUCGGGCACUAAGAUUAGUAGCUUGCGUACUACUAUUCGAAAUUACCGCUUUCUUACGCGAAACCUACCAAAACCUACCGAAAUCCAGCCGUUCCUCGCUAAAAGAACGCGGCCCCUGGGACAGAGUUUACAGGGCUCUUAGCAGUCAACAGGCACUAGUGCCGGUCGAGGAAGCUAAUCGUCGUUGGAGCAUGGCUUUGUCGAGUAUGGGACAUUCGCAAGCGUCCGCGCAAAGCCUGCAGUCCAUCGCCGGCGCUGAAACUGAAAGGAAAAUAUCAUUUGUACUGCACGAACCUGAAAAUGUUUCCGGCGGGAGCAAUGUUACACUAGCAGAUGCUAUACCGAGUUCUGCACUGGAGGACAAGAAGGUCAGGCUGGGGUCCCGCGGCAAGGCCCCCAUGCAUCGCCGCAACACACAACAAACACACUCCGCGUACGGAUCAUUCAAACGAAGAUCUAUUAAACUACGACAGAAAGAUACCAGAGAAGUCGAUGAAUUCAUAACACGAAGAUCUGAUUCAAUACAAAGCAGACGAAAGGUUUCUUCAUUAUCCGAUAGAAGCGAUACUUCCGAAGUUUUCCCGGGGACAGGUACGGUAAUAAUGGCAAACGAGAUGGACAGCGGGGGCGAGGAGAGCCCGGGCGUGUUGUCGGACGACCACGACCCGCCGCCCGACAGCCCCGACAGCAACUCAACCGACCCGCCCGACAACAACAAGGGCUUCCCAUGGCUUAAGGUGAUGGUGAAAUUUUUGAAUUCGUUCAACUACGUUUGCUGCCAUCAAAACUUCUGUCAUCCUUACUGCUUCCGACGAAAUAUGAGAGCCACCGUUCGUCUCAUGAAGUCUGUGCAAAAGAUUUACGGUGAGAAGUUCGGUCCGGAGACGAACACGCAGAGCAAUGAGGAAGGGUCGGGGUGUACGCGGCGCGGGCGGCGCACACGCAAGUCCUCCGAGCAUGUCACGGAUAGGAUCGACCGGUCCGUCAUAGAGACGGCAGGUCUGGCGUACCGCGCGGCCGGCGUGGAGCACACGCUGGCGGGCAGCGAGGCCCCGCCCGCCGCCGCGCCCGGCACCCUGCCCUACCCGCCCACAGACCCACCCAACAUACUCAAGUAUCUGAAGGGACAAGUCCGCGAGGCAUACCACAUGCCGCUAGCGACACUAGUGAAGGGGGCGACGACUAUGAGCGAGGAGAUGUUCAGCGAGGUGGCGCCGGUGGCGUGGCGGCUGCUGCUGGAGGCGGACAGAGAGCUCAGCUCGUGCGCCGCCGCGCUCUUCAUACUGGUGGCGGUGCGCGCGCCGCACGUCGCCACUGACAUCAUGCACAACGACCUCAAGCACGCCGAUCCCGGAGUCAGGAUCAACGCGAUUUUACGUUUCCAAGUGAUAUGGAAGCUUAGAUACCAAGUGUGGCCGCGUAUGGAGGAGGGCGCCUCCGUCACGUUCAAGGUGCCGCCCCCGGGCAUAGAGUUCACGCUGCCGUCUCCGAAGAUCGGCAUAGAGUCUCUGGCCGUCGUGGACCCGCCCUGGAGCCCCCAGGUCAAGGACAAAGAUAUGGAAAUGACUCUAAAUCAAGAACGACAUCGGUCUCUGGUUACAGCAACAAAGACCCGUAAGAAGCAGCAGACGGAGGCGAUAAAACGCGCGCUGCAGCAGCGUAACGACAAGAAGAAAGCGGAGCGCGAGAGCUUCCUCAUCACCACCAUACCCAUCACGCGCCAGGCCGCGCGCGAGCCCGCACUAGACCACGUCGCAGACGAUCAUGUCGAACCGCCAGCGGACGAGGAGGUAGUGGAAGGAGUGCGCGGGUCGCACCACGCACAGGUGGCGGCGCCGCUCUUCCCCUCCGCGCUCUGCUCCGCUGUUGCUGAGAUCGUGUCUCUCCUCGACGACGCCGCUGUCUCAAGGGACGGAUGCUCCGUCUAUGAAGUCGCAUAUCAGUGUAUCUGGGGCUGUCUCGUGGAAGAUUCAGCUCUGUUCCUGCGCCACGUACUAGAGCGUUUGACGCGCGACCACCAGGACGAGAUGUUCAAGCUGCUGCGACACCUCAUCCGGUUCAUCCCGCGUCUGCCGCAGCAGGCUGCCUUCGCGCUUUACAACUAUAUUAUUGGAUAUGUAAUGUUCUACGUACGCACUCCGCAUGAAGGUGGACAGAGGCUUAUCGGAGCAGCCCUGUCGAUACUAUGGAUGGUUGUACAUAGUGUACAUGGUAUUAUGUUCAAAGAUCUUAAGCAGAUCCUCCGAAAAGAACAAUGCGACGCAUCGAUACUACUUACAGCUAAUGUACCUGCUGCUAAGAAAAUCAUUGUUCACGGCCCAUCUGAUAACGAAGGUAGCAUACCUUCACAGUUCCCAGUUCAAGAAGACACGCAGUUCUGUCAAAUUCUUAGGGAAUCUCUUGAUUUCUUUAGUAUACCAGAUAAAUUGCACGACGAAUACUUUUUGGUCGACUUUAAAACUCGUCAGAUCCAUAAUCCACAAAGUUACGUACGCGACCAUUAUUUCUUCAAACGUUCUCAGUAUCCACAACUAGGACUGGUGCACAUGGAGCCUGAGGAAGCAUUUCAUAAAUUACAACAACAAGAAUUACUGCAGAAGUUCGUUGAGAUCGGCAAAGUACUUCUCACUUGGGCUAUAUUGAAAAACGUAGAUAUGGUGGUUCAACGUGUUGUAUUUCUCCAUGACGAACUGAUGAAACUACCCUCAUUCCCUCGCAAAGCUUUGGAAGCGGAUCUCGAUUUGUACAGCCGAGGAAAACUGGGCUCUACCUUACUCGGCCUCGAUGUCUUGCAUAAAUUCAUGUGGGUCCGUCUAAUAGCACGAAUGUUCGAGGCGAUGGCGGGCAACUUCACCUCAUCGCGGGACAUCCAUCUGUUCCUCAACGUGCUGAACGGCGCGCUGAUGCUGCACAGCGAGGACUCCCUCAUACUGAGAUACGUCAUCGCCACCUACGUCAACGCUGCAUUCAACUUUAAGAGUAUCUUCUCCACCAAUGGAUAUCUAUUAAUAAUGCCAACUCUCCUGCAAAUAUAUUCUAACUUCCAAACCAAUAAACUGGUAACGACCACAAUAGAGUAUGCGGUGAAACAGUUUUACUUAUUGAAUAGGAAACCCUUUAUUCUACAAAUGUUCGGCUCAGUGUCGGCCAUCUUGGAUACAGAUGAAGAAGCUACGUACGGCGACGCUAGUAAAGUACAAUCUAGUUGUCUGUUCAACUUAUUACUGAGUCUGGAAACACCGUCACCAGAUCCUUUACACAUAGCCGAGUUAAUUAAAGAAGAGAAGCCACUCAAACCUAUCGACUUUUGUUACCGCGACGAGGAUGAAAUGGUUAACGUAUUGGAUUGCAUCAGUCUUUGUGUUAUGGUGGUUUCUUACUCAGCUGAGAGUAUGCGUGGAUAUCAAAUGCUUAUAAUAUUGGAGGCGAUACUUCCAUGUUACGUCAAGCAAAUUCAACUACCAACGUACAACAGGGAAGGAAAAACUGAGAAAGAAAUCAUACAACAACUAGCUAUAGCAAUUAAAACUCUUGUCAACAACUGUGAGGGAUUAUCGAAGUCGUACAAUGGUCCGUACCGCACAUCACCGGAGCACAAAGGGUCGUCACAGCGCGGGUGUGCGCGGCCCGCCGCCUUCGUACCACUAGACUUGCUAGACGACGAGUCUCACUCGCGAUACGUUAGCGAACACGCGCGACUGCCGCCCGCAGAUACUGAGGACUCUGAGCUCGUACGAGCAGAGUACCGUCGUCCUCGUGACGUGCUGCUGUCUUUGGUGGGUGAGUUCAUCGGACGCGCCAGCUCGCGGCUGCUCGAUCUCAACGGCUCCAAAGGCAGCGGCGGCAGCGAGGGCAAGCCUGUCGAACUGCUCGACUCCAAGUCGCACGCUCGUCUCGCAGAGAUCGCGCACUCCCUACUGAAAGUAUCCCCGUACGACCCGGAGUCGAUGGGUUGCCGCGGCCUGCAGCGCUACAUGACGCUGGUGCUGCCCGCCGGAGAGUGGGCAGACAUGGACCUGAGACCCUCCCUCAUCAUGAUACUGCGUAGACUUGAUAAAGUCUUCCUCAAGAUUGCUAAGAAACCAAGCAUAAGGAGAAAUACAGAUUGGGACUCCGCGGCUGUUCUGUUGAAAGGAGUUUACGAAACGAUGGUCAGAUGUCCUUAUAUAAUGCACUGGCAACAAGUUAAAACACUACUCAAUACCGUACAAGCGUUGAUAGUAUCUGAGAGCACGACUGGUGAGAACUUGUCGUCGGCGACUGCUGCUCUGAUGUCGCAGCCGCCGCCGCCGCACUUCUGUAGCACGGUGGUGCGACUCAUAGCCCUGCAGGUCAUCAACACUGGGGAUAGCUAUUCAUUGGAGCAGAUGUGCGGAGGUACAGCAAUAUUUCCUUCGGGCGAGAAAACAGAGAACAUGCUUAUGAAUCUUCUAAUGCCGCUUUGUUUGCGAGUCGGCAGCGGCCGUAAAGAUGUACCUCCACUACGUCAGUCUGACGUGUCGUACGUAGUGUCGGCGGUGUUGUGCGCGCUGUGUCCGCCCGCGCCGCCCGGACAGCUCGCCGCUGUCAACGCGAAGCUGAACGCGGCCGACGCGCGCGCCAACUCCCUCACCUUCACCGGCAGUCGCGACAUACGGAACACCACCAGGCUUUCCAAUCAGCUCUACAGGAUCGCCUUCUUAGCUCUGAAAGUGAUAUGCGCGUGCUUCACGAGCGAGCUGUGCUGCGAGUGGGGCCGCAUCGCGCGCGCCAUGCGAGAGCUGGGCCGCCGCAACGAGGCCGCGCACCAUCUCUGGGACUUCCUCGAACACGUCGUCACAUAUCGCACACCGCUCUAUGUGUUGCUACAACCCUUCAUCGUUCACAAGCUAUCUCAGCCACCUAUCGGCGACCACGAGCGGCACAUGCAGUUUGUGGUUCGCGAGCGUGCGCGCGGACUUAAACUGCCGGCGGGGAGGGCGCGCGGCGCGCUGCUCGCCGAGCUUGCUCGCGAGCUACGAACCAUGCGCGACACACACGAUCACUAUAAAUUCGAACAGAUAGCUGAAAGUCUUGGCGCGGCGGGCGGCAAGCGGGCGUCGGAAGCCAUCCCGCGCAGCGACAAGCAGCAGCAGCACCGGCCGUCGCUCAUCUCCAUGCUGGUGGGUCGCGCUGGACCACCGCGCACUCCAGAUCACCCUGCCGCCACGCUCUCUGCGCAGAGAGAAUCAGUAUCGAGCAGUUCAACGACGAGCCAGCAGCUGCCGCCGUACGAAUAUUCUGCUGGCCCCGGCCUCCAUAGUGAUACCAGCAACAACAACGGCAGCUUGCACUCGCAAAUAGGAGUGACCGCAUACUUCGCUAACGAGCAAAAGCCCCCCGGCGCGGUAUCAUACGCGGGCACUCAGACCAAGUUGCGCUUCGUAUCGUCGGUCGAGUUCAAGCUUACAUCAGGUGAGACAACAAUGUCGCCCCUGUCGCCGCUGUCGACGGGCGAGGGGGAGGGGGAAGGGGAGGGCGAGGCGUCUUACGAUGAGGGCGAUGAACGGCCGCGACUGCAGCGCGCUCACGGCCCCUCCAAGAAAACCUUCAAGUUUCGUCGCAGCCGACACGCAAGCAAACCCGAUGCGUACCCGUACCGCGUGGAGUGUGAGGAGUGGGGUGGGGCGGGGAUGACGGAGGCGAGCCCGCCCCGCCGCCCACCACUGCUGCUGCCCCCCUCCGCCGCGCUCGCCGACAGCUCAUACGACAGCGAGAUCUCACAGACAUCCUCCACAUCAGGAUACAGGGAGAGCUACAGCCUGCAGGCGUCAAUGUCGGAGUCGCCGGGCGGGUCGGUGCGCGCGGCACUGGCGUCACCCGAGCCGCGCUCGCAGCGCACCGCCUCCGCCUCCGCCUCCGCCACGCCACACGCCAGCCCCGACGCAUCUCUGAGCUGCGACUCCUCUUCUGCUGAGCGCACCGCACUGCUGGGCGCGGCCAGCCAGCGCAGCCUGCUUACUAGCGACCUCCGCGACGAGGAUACUCUCUUGUAACUACACAUUCCCAACAAUUAUAGUCCAUCCUCAAUAAUAACUUUGCAUAGAUUUUAAAAUAAGAACUCCAAAACUAUAUCAUUAGGUCUAUAACAUUACAAAACAGUCUAAUACCACACCACCUACACCUACC